AUAAACCAUAACCCUCUCUCUCUUUCUUCUUACCUUUAUUUUAUACUAUACCUUUCUUCUACCCAUUCUUUUUCUUCAAUCAUCUCUUCCUCCUUUUUUCUUCUUAAUUCAAUCCAAGAUGGCUGCCGCCAGCGAUGUUUUCAGGCCGGAAGUGGGUUCCGGGAAGCUCCACGUCCUUGCCGUUGAUGACAGCCACGUCGACCGCAAGGUUAUUGAGAGGUUGCUCAAAAUCUCUUCUUGCAAAGUGACGGUGGUGGAAAGUGGAAGCAGGGCUCUGCAGUAUCUGGGGUUGGAUGGAGAGAAGAGCUCCAUUGGUUUUGAUAGUGUCAAGGUUAAUUUGAUAAUGACAGACUACUCCAUGCCGGGUAUGACAGGAUAUGAACUGCUCAAGAAGAUAAAGGAAUCAUCUGUGUUUAGAGAGGUUCCAGUGGUGGUUAUGUCGUCUGAGAAUAUCUUGACUCGAAUUGAUAGUUGCCUGGAGGAAGGAGCAGAAGAGUUUCUGUUGAAACCUGUGAAGUUGUCAGAUGUAAAACGCGUGACAGAUUUUAUCAUGAAAGGUGAAGGGAAGAAAGGUCAUAAAAGAAGUAGAUCAGAUGAUUACAGCCCUCCAUCAUCAUCAUCAUCAUCUAUUUCAACUGCGUUCUCAUCAGUUUCUCAUUCCUGUGAUCUAUCUUUGCCUGCAUCACCUUCUGCAUUGCUCUCAAAGAAAACCAGAUUGAGCAUAUAGAUUGCGCAGUGGUGUUUUGUCUCCUCCAAUUUUGCCAAACCAUUGUUCAUAUCCAAAAGCCUUUCAUGUUAUUUGCAUUUAGAAGACUACACAUUGCUGACAAUGAGUACUAGGAUUAGGAAUGAAGAAGAGGAUGACAGAAUCACUCUGCUUACAAAUUUUUGCUGUACGGAAAAGAAAUUCAUUAAAAAUUAACGAAACCUUCUGUUUUGAGGGGCCUCACAUCAAAAUUUUUAUUCACUG